AUGGAGGGGCAGCGGGCGCUCGCGGCCGCCAAGGACGGGGACCUGGCCACCCUGAAGCGGCUGCUGGAGGCCGGUGCCCUGGGCCCGGGCAUCGUGGACGCCCUGGGGGCCGGCUUGGUGCACCACGCCGCCCGGGCCGGCCGCCUGGCCUGCGUCAAGUUCCUGGUGCGGCAGGCCGAGCUGCCCGGCAGCCAGCGGGCCCACAACGGGGCCACGCCGGUGCACGACGCCGCGGCCACGGGCAGCCUGGCCGAGCUGCGCUGGCUGGUGCGCGACGGAGGCUGCGGCCUGCAGGACCAAGACGACUCGGGGGUGUCCCCGCUGCACCUGGCCGCCCGCUUCGCACACCCCGUGCUGGUGCAGUGGCUGCUCCGAGAGGGCCACGCGGCCACGCUGGAGACUCUGGAGGGGGCCUUGCCGCUGCACCACGCGGCCGUCAGUGGGGACCUGACCUGCCUGAAGCUCCUGGCGGCCGCCCACGGCAGUGGCGUGAACCAGCGGACACGCAGUGGUGCCUCCCCGCUCUACCUGGCCUGCCAGGAGGGCCACCUGCACCUGGCCCAGUUCCUGGUGAAGGACUGCGGAGCCGACGUGCACCUGCGUGCCCUCGACGGCAUGAGCGUGCUGCACGCUGCUGCUGCCCGUGGCCACUACUCGCUUGUCGUCUGGCUGGUCACGUUCACCGACAUUGGCCUGGCGGCACGGGAUAACGAGGGGGCCACGGCCCUCCACUUUGCAGCUCGAGGCGGCCACACACCCAUUCUAGACCGGCUCCUGCUGAUGGGUGCCCCCGUCAUGACAGACUCGUGGGGUGGGACCCCUCUCCACGAUGCAGCAGAGAACGGGCAGUUGGAGUGCUGCCGGACGCUGGUCUCCCACCACGUGGACCCCUCCCUGCGGGACAAAGAUGGGUGCACGGCAGCCGACCUGGCCGACUACCACGGACACCGGGACUGCGCCCGCUUCCUGCAGGAGGCCGCCCGGCCGGUGCCACUCCUGAUGACGCCACCGCCACCACCGUUUCCCCCUCCUCCACUGUCAGCUGCCAGGCGCGCCCCGGAGGAUGGCACGAGGGGCUCGGGUUUCAGGAGCCCCACCUUAGAGUCUCCCAGCCCAGCCUGGCCUGACCAGCAUGACCCACCUCCGCCGAGGGAGCAGAUAACCUGCGCAGCGCCCCCAAGGGUCACCACCAACGCCACCGCCGUCCCCGCGGGAGAGGAGAUGGCGGCGGGGGACGCCCCGGACUGCCUGGCCGCGCUGCACCUGGACAGGCUGCCCUCAGGCGACCUCGAUUGGCUGGUGCCCACGCAGGACGAGCGCGGCCGACCCAUCCCAGAGUGGAAGCGGCAGGUGAUGGUGCGGAAGCUGCAAGCCUGCCUGGGCGCAGACCCCGAAUCCCAGGCCCAGGGCGACAGCGGGAGCGAGGGCCCCGCGGAGCAGGCGGCCUGGCGGUACUCGCAGACGCACCAGGCCAUCCUGGGCCCCUUUGGGGAGCUGCUGACGGAGGACGACCUGGUCUACCUGGAGAAGCAGAUCGCCGACCUGCAGCUGCGCCGCCGCUGCCAGGAGUACGAGAGCGAGCUGGGCCGCCUGGCGGCCGAGCUGCAGGCCUUGCUGCCCGCGCCCCUGGUCAGCAUCACCGUCCACAGCCGCUUCCUGCCCCGGGCGCCCGGCCCCGAGGGUGAGGAGGCUCCCGCCCCCGCGGCGGAGCCCAAGGGCCCCUCGGGGGCUUCGGAGGCGGAGCGCGGCGAGCAGCCCCUGCCCUUCUGGUGCAGCCACGUCGCCCGGCUGGUGCGCAGCAUGUCCCUGCUGCUGAAGGGCAUGAACGGGCUGGUGCAGGGCGAGGGGAGGCCCCCGCGGGAGACCCACGCCGAGGCCCCCGCCGGCCCCCCGAGAAGCGAGGCGCAGCGCGAGAUCCAGCAGUGCGGCGUGUCCGUGCGAUCACUGCGCGGCAACUUCGAGUCCGCUCCGGGCCCGUCCUGCGCCCCAAACCCGGGCCCCUGCGAGCCGGGGGCCCCGCCCGGGCGGUGCCCGAGAGGCUGCUGGCCCGCAGCCCCGCAGCCCCGCAGCAGCCCCGCGGGAGGGGCGCCCGCGCCGGGGGACGCAGAGGAGGCCAGCGACUCGGGCAUCGGCUGCGAGGAGGCCCCGUCGGAGGCGGGGGCCGCGCCCGGCGCCCACCUGGCCAGCCUCCGCAAGGAGCGCAUCGUGAUGUUCUUCCUGAGCCACUGGAAGAAGUCGGCCUACGCGCCGGCCCUCAAGGCCGCGGCCUGCAGGACCCUGGAGGCCGGCCGCGCCGCGCCGCCGCCGGCUCGGGAGGCGGCGGCGGGGGGCCCUGGGCUGCCGCCCCCACCGCCCAGCGAGGGCCCCCGGCUCGGCCACCUGUGGCAGCAGCGCCACGUCAUCGCCCGCCUGCUGGGCAACUGGAAGGCCAUCAUGGCGCACGUGCCGGCCCGGCAGCUGCGGCGGCUGAGCCGGCGGCCCCGUGGGCCCCUGUCCCCCGAGCAGUUCCUGCCCCACGUGGACGGGGCGCCCGUGCCCUACGGCGGCCUCACGCUGGACCUCUUCAUGCUGGGCUACUUCCGGCUCCUGGAGUGCGAGCUGCCGGCCGAGGAGCGCAAGAUGCGCCACCUGCUGUGUUUCGAGGUCUUCGAGCAUCUGGGCGCCCACGGCUGGGACGCGGUGCGCGCCUUCCACAAGGCCGUGACCGACGAGGUGGCCGCCGGCCGCCGCGCCUGGACCGACGGCUUCGAGGACAUCAAAGCCCGCUUCUUCGGCUCCAGCCGAGGUCCCGCCUGGGACGCGGAGCCCGGCCGCAAGUCGGGGCUGACGCCCCUGGGGCCCCUGCCCCCCGCCGCCGCCGCCAGCAGCAGCGCCGAGCCCCCCGCGCAGAGGCCGGGGUCCGGCUGCCAGCGGGGCAGCUUCAACAGCGAGGACAUCUGUGGCUACAUCGACCGCAGUUUCGCCUUCUGGAAGGAGAAAGAAGCCGAGAUGUUCAGCUUUGGAGAGUGAGACCGGCCGGCAGCCUGCCUCUGGGAGUGGGGCGUGGGAAGGGGUUCUGGCUCUCCCUGCUCGUUCCUUUGCCCCCCACCUGGUGGCCGGGUGGGCCCCGAGGCCGGGCUGGCCGACACUCCACACGACACUCACUCGGUGUGCCGAUGGCCUCGUCCAGUCCCACCCCUGCCGGGUUCCACCCCCGCUAUGCGACUCAGUUUCAGUUUCAGUUUCAGAAUCCUCACCAGGGACCGAGGAGCCCUCUCUGCCUCCCAGCCGGCCCUGAGUUUAGAGGCCUUGCCCUCCAGCCCCAGGCCGUCUGCCCGGGUGUCCUCCGGGCCCCUGGGAUGCUGGCCCGGGUUUCCCCGCGGGCUCUCCUUCCAGGGCUGAGUCGCCUGCUGUCACGCCCCUCCGCAUCUCCAGCACCGGUGGCUCCGGCCACAUCCACAGCCUUUGUCUGCCUCCUGCCGACCUUGGGCCGUGCCUUUUCACCUCCCCAGGCCUCUGUCUCCAUCCGUGAGAUGACGGAGCUGGGGGUUGGAGAGAACGGGAUUCGAUGGGCCAGCGGCUUUCCCGUCAGGCCUUCCCGAAUUCUCUGGGUCAGAGACAAGGCCCACGCCGGUCAGUACGGCCCCGCUGACAGACUCGUGUUCUGCUGCUGUGCCCUGCUCCCCCCGGGGCGCUCCAGAGGACCCGGGCCCCGAAAGGAAGCCUCCCUUGGGCCUCCUGUCCUCUCCUCCAGCUGACCAGCCGCCCUGGCCACACGGCCCAAGGCAGCGGCAGGGUCCCCCCUGUAGGCUCUGGGGAGCAGGGACAUAAGGAAUUUUUCGCAGAGAACCAGUGUCUGAAAGGGACUCUGGGCACAGGCGGCUGUCACCCCACCCUCAGAUGUGCGCUGUUAGAUCAGAGAACAUACAGAUGGAAGGUUCCGAGGCACAGCCACUUCCUGUGUGCCCCCCCCCCCCGUGUCACCCGCACCCUCCUCCCUCAGAGGACAGCCCAGGUGCUGCAGGGUGUUGAGUGAACAUGGCACCAGGGGCUCUAGGGACAAGCCCCGAAUGGCUGGCCGCGGAUGUGACUUGGC